AUGGCUUGGUUCUAUCGAUUAGCACCUACGGCGAUAAUGUGUCCCUGGACGUCUUUGUCUGCGAUGAUCAAGGGCUUGAACACUUUUGACUACCUGGAAGCCAGAACUCUCCUCAGCGUCGCACAGCUCCCCCACGGUAACUACCCUGUAUUCGGAGGUCAGGAUUUGCCAGUCCCAACCUACACAGGUUUAAGGUGCUUCGAUAAUCAUGAUUCACCACACGCCGGUGUGAGGGCACUGUCAAGCACACACUCCACUCCUCCAAGCACGCGCAUCAAACAUUCUCACCCCUCUUUCUCAAUCUCUCCAUCUCCAAACCCAACACUCACUCGGCAGCCCCAGCUUCCUCUCUCCUCUCCUCUCCCCUCACUCCUUGCCCCCCCAACUCAACUCCUCUCUUCGAUCGCUCAGCUCUUUGCGUCCUCUAUCUCGACCACGAUGCCGCCUCCUCCCCUCGGCCAGCGACCCCUCUCUGACCAGGAGCUCUUCGACUCAUUCACCGACAGGGAACGCGACUUUUACGACUGGCACCACCGCACAAAGGAAAAGCGCUGGCACCUCAACCUGUCAGCCGACAUCCAAUUCCUCAAGGCCGAAUGGCCCAACCCGGAAGAUCUCGACGAUUUCUUCAAAUGGUCCACGAAGUGGCUUGGGCGACACAGGGACAGGAUGCUAUACCAAAUGCCUGACGAGGAGAUCUUUGAGCAACUGCGAAACACCAACUUUGCCAGCAGCGAUGGCCUGGCUAAUCAUUGCUGGGCCAUGGAAAUGUCCAACAACCCUCUCAUCUUCCUGGGCUCAGCCAGACACCGAGGCAACUUGACCGGGUAUGCUGUCCAGCCCAGCUCGACCUUUCUCUGGCCAACCCAGGACCGCGCCCAGAAGGACUACCCGGACAAGCUUGGAUUGAUGCACGAGAGUCUUCUUGCCAUCGACCUCGACAUUCCUGUCCAAAUGACGGGGCUUCCGAGCCCGAGCACCACCACUCGACCUACCGACCGGGCUUUCAGGUUUCACCAUGGUCAAAUGACGCCAGAUUCUACCCAAUCUGAUCCUAGCCAGACCUCGACCAGUUUUGUUUUUGCGCAGCUCGGGGAGCUCUGUGUCUUUGUCGGAGACUGGGAGACAGCACGCGAUAAGUGUGACGACGACGACUACGACGAUGAUGACGACGUUGAUGACGACGUUGAUGGAGUAUGGGAGCCCACUGGCUUCGGUGUGGUCGUUGAAGUCCAAAGCAAUGGCCAGCCCAAAUGCCUUUGGGCCAUCUACAAUUGCCUGCCGCCCCGAGAAGACCUGAUGGAUGAACCAUGCGACGAGGAUAUCGACACACUGAGGAUCCAUCGACAGAACGAACAAGAUGACAGCUUCAUCUUCAACGAUCCCGAGAUUCAAGGUGACAAGAACCCAUCCUACGUCAUCAAGAUGACCGACGACCUGCAAGGUUUGGGGUCCUCGAAAGAACUCGACUUGCAAGUCGUUUGCAGGCGAGAAGUGCAGAUCGUUCGCGCCAAGUCUUGGAAAGAUGAGAAUGGCCGCCUUGUUGUCUUCCCGGAGCUUGCGGUGGACAAGAUGUGA